CAUCUCUCUAGGUACCCAGAGCCCCAGAGUACAUGCUUCAUCAGGGCCAAGUUCAUUAUGAUGCUCAGAUUCCCAGAUCACAGGGGAGUACUGCCAGCCUGUCACCUCCUCCAUCUUCCCAGUAUAAGCCCAUCUUUAUACUCAGCAGCAUGUUGACCACACAAUGGGAGCAGCAGUGUGGAGGAUCCUAAGCUGCUCCAGCAGCUAUUCCCCGUCAUUCCCCACAUUCUUCCUCCCCAUGGCUCCUCCCAGCCCUGUGUGGCUCAGGACCCUGAAGGCUGAAGUAAUUUCCUGAGUCUCCUUUCUUCAUCACCACUAUCCCUCUUGCUGGAGGAGACCCAUAGGAUUCAUAUGAAUGAGCCACUUUCUCCGGAGCCUCGGGAGCUUGCGAUGGCAAGGCAGACAACUCUGGGAUGCCUGAUCACUUCUCUGAGCUGCAGACCAGACCUGAGAGCCCAGCAGUACUGUCAAAAGCUUCAGGAUGAAGAUGAGACGCUACAAGCUCUUUCUCAUGUUCUGUAUGGCCGGCCUGUGCCUCAUCUCCUUUCUGCACUUCUUUAAAACCCUAUCCUACGUCACCUUCCCAAGAGAACUGGCGUCCCUCAGCCCUAACCUAGUAUCCAGCUUCUUUUGGAACAAUGCGCCUGUUACGCCCCAGGCCAGUCCCGAGCCAGGUAGCCCUGACCUGCUGCGGACUCCAUUGUAUUCCCACUCCCCCCUGCUCCAGCCACUGUCCCCCAGCAAGGCCACCGAGGAACUCCACCGGAUGGACUUUGUGUUGCCCGAGGACACCACCGAAUAUUUCGUGCGCACCAAAGCCGGGGGUGUCUGCUUCAAACAAGGCACCAAGAUACUGGAGAAGCCAUCCUGGGGGCGGCCAGAGAAGCCGGAAGUGGCUGAGGGCUCCUCGGCACGGGGUCCCCCGAGACGCCCCACGAGGCAUGUACUGAGCGCCCGAGAGCGCCCUGGUGGCCGGAGCCCAAGGCGCAAGUGGGUGGAGUGCGUGUGCCUGCCCGGCUGGCACGGACCCAGCUGCGGGGUGCCCACCGUGGUGCAGUACUCCAACCUGCCCACCAAGGAGCGCCUGGUGCCCAGGGAGGUGCCACGGCGGGUCAUCAAUGCCAUUAACAUCAACCACGAGUUUGACCUGCUGGACGUGCGCUUCCAUGAGCUGGGGGACGUGGUGGACGCCUUCGUGGUGUGUGAGUCCAACUUCACGGCCUAUGGCGAGCCUCGGCCGCUCAAGUUCCGAGAGAUGCUGACGAAUGGCACUUUCGAGUACAUCCGCCAUAAGGUGCUGUACGUCUUCCUGGACCACUUUCCUCUGGGUGGCCGGCAGGAUGGCUGGAUUGCCGACGACUACCUGCGCACCUUCCUCACCCAGGACGGCGUCUCUCGUCUGCGCAACCUGCGGCCGGAUGACGUCUUCAUCAUCGACGACGCGGAUGAGAUCCCCGCGCGGGACGGCGUGCUGUUCCUCAAGCUUUACGACGGCUGGACCGAGCCCUUCGCCUUCCACAUGCGCAAGUCUCUGUAUGGUUUCUUCUGGAAGCAGCCGGGCACGUUGGAGGUGGUGUCAGGCUGCACAGUGGACAUGCUGCAGGCGGUGUACGGGCUGGAUGGCAUCCGCUUGCGUCGUCGCCAGUACUACACCAUGCCUAACUUCCGCCAGUACGAGAACCGCACUGGCCACAUCCUGGUGCAGUGGUCGCUGGGCAGCCCCCUGCACUUCGCGGGCUGGCACUGCUCCUGGUGUUUCACACCCGAGGGCAUCUACUUCAAACUCGUGUCCGCCCAGAACGGUGACUUUCCCCGCUGGGGUGACUACGAGGACAAGCGGGACCUCAAUUACAUACGCAACUUGAUCCGCACCGGGGGCUGGUUUGAUGGCACACAGCAGGAGUACCCGCCAGCAGACCCCAGCGAGCACAUGUAUGCGCCCAAGUAUCUGCUCAAACACUACAACCAGUUCCGAUACCUGUUGGACAACCCCUACCAGGAACCCAGGAGCACGGUAGAGGGUGGGCAUAGGAGCCCAGGUUUGGAGGGAAGGCCACCUGCUGCAAGGGGCAAGUUGGACACAGUGGAGGGCUAGGGCUGUGUGAUUUUACAGGGCCAGCCAGGGUGAGGCAAAAGCUACUCCGUUCUUACGUUUGAUCUCCUUCUGCCUGCUGGAGGCUCUUAAAAGGGAUCCAGGAGUGCUGUGGGUGCCCUCUCUACUCAAGCGCUUGUGAAUUAAGGGUCAAAAAAAAAAAAAAAAAAAAAAAAAAAAAGAAGGAAAAAUCCUUGCCAGAAGAGAGGAGCAAGUACAAUCAUCUAUGCAGCAUUUUGUCCCCAAGAGUGCUGUGGGCAAGAGUUGCCCCUAGGGGGAGCAUGGUGGUGUCUGGGAGUGGGGAGGGAUGUGGUACUGCAACCUGACUAAGGGAAGCUCACCUUUGACAUCCUGAAUUGUUGGACCUGCUAUGGGAAAGGGGGCAUACAUGCUAGGCAUUCCCAGGGCUCUGUAAAUAGAUGCAUUUGGGGCCAGGAGCAAGAAGAAACACUUAGCAAGGAGGGACAGGAAAGGGUAUUGGCACUUGAUCUUGGCCCAUAAGACAGAGAAGUGAUGGGAAAUAGUACCCAGCUGAGAGACAGCUGGGGACACUUGCAGUAUCCUCAGAAGUGCUGGACCCAUGGGAUGAGGCCACUUCCAGCUGGGAGGAUGGAGCUAGAGGCUGUCCCAGCUCCUGUCCCUAUAAGCUGACAUGCUGGGUGUCUGGGGAACCCCGGGGGAGUCUUCCCUCUGGCUCCAAAUCUGGCCUCAGUGAUUUUCUCACUUUUCCUGUUGCUGUCCGUGGAAUAUCCAUUCAGCUGCUUGCAAGAAGGACUCCUCAAGAGGUCCAGUUCUCAAGAUGGGAUGGGAGCUGGAGGAUGUAUGGACAGCUAGUCGUAGUAGGGAAGACCUGGGGGAAGGAGACUGAUAAGAGGCUUCAACAUCUCUCUAUCUCCAUCAACUCCCUGCUGGCACCCAGUCCCAUUUUACCACCAUCCCAGGUAGAAUCAUUCUUGUGUUCCUCCUGGGCAUGCUAGGGGCCAGGAGGUUUUCCUGGGGGUCCAAGAAGAGACAUUAAGGUCAGUUGUAUGUCAACCCAUUCCUUUUCGUUUUCCUUGUGUAUUUGUUGGAGCAGAUAGUAUGCUUCUGUAGGAGACCCCAGCAAACAGUGAACUUGUUUCUAAUUAAUUUGUCUAGAGGGAGAUGGUCCAGAGUGACAGGCAGCUUGCUUUGCCUCACACACACCUUGCAAUUCUGGAUAGAGUGGCUGCACCAGCUCGUAUGAUAAAGCCAGGGGGAAGUACAAAGCCUUUACUGUGAAGAUGAGCCAGAAAUGCUUCUGAAGGCAUCUUACUGGUCAGGACUUAGCCACAUGGCCACAGGUACCUGCAAAGGAAACUGGGAAAUGUAGUUCCAAACUGGGCUGCCAUAUGCCCCACCUCAACUUGGGAGUUUUAUUACUGAAGAAGAGGGUGAUUGUGGAGAACCAGUAGCACCUCUGGGGGAGGGGUCCAAGUGACUACAUCAUGGGACCCUGCUCUUGUUCUGAAUGAGCCACUCCCCAUCUUCCAUCUACAGGUAUGUGAGAAGAAUGGGUACCCCUCCCUGAGGCCCCAUUAGAUGUUCCCUUGAUGCCAGUAUGCAGGGCUGCCUGUUUGUGUGUGUGUGUAUAUUUAUGGGCAUGGGUGCAUGCUUGGUGUGUAUUUGUACAUGUCUGUAUUCAUGUGUCCCUGUACAUAAAUGAUGCUUGUGUGUUGGUGUGGGAGCACAGGUUCAGUGUCCUCUUACCUGGGACCUGGAGCCUUCUGUGGCUCUCUAAGAUGCCUGAGGCAGGAAGCCCUUGGGGAACCUCUAAAGCAAGGGAAAAAGCAGUGCAGGGCCUGUCUUGUCUGUCUGUCUGUCUGUUUUUCAGUCUGAGGAAUGGAAUCCUCCUGGCUAGAAGACUGUACAGCUCAGGGCCCACUGCCCCCUCAGCCCCCUCUUGGCCAACCACAUUGUCUCACUGAUCCUCCCACUUCCUGGAUGGAUCUCAUAUCAGGGCUUGCUGGGGGAUUUGCUUUUUAUAGCUCAGUCUGGGACUGUGUGCCAUGCAUGGACAUGGUGUGAGGAACCAACCUCGGAGCAGCUCUGGUAGGCAGGCAUGAAGCAGGCUGAGGGACGCUAUGGCUCUUCCCCUUCCAUUUAGGAAACACCACCCAUGGAAUCUCCCCCUUCAAAGCAGCCUCCCUGUCUGGUUCCUCUUGGUGUCUCAGGGGGUCCCUGAGAUUAUGGGUCUAUCUGAUCCAGGGCACUCUCCUAAGUUGUGUCUACUUACCCUGUGACAGGCAGCCUCUGGGUGCUUCUGAGCCAUGCCUCCGCCUUGAAUGGCAUUCUCACCCCCAUAUUCCUGGCACCUUCAGCUGCUUUGUGGAUACCCUCCCGAGGCCAUCAGGGUUCCUGCCCACAGUUCAGAGUGGGGGAAGGGCACUGGGAAAGCACAGACCUUCCCAGCUGGCCUUCCCCCUCAGACUUGUGGAGGGAAGGCUGUGGCCAAGGCUAGGCAGGAGGAGACCUGGCCAAGGGGCCAGCUGUGAAAGGUGGGGUCUGAAGAGUUUAACAUAUAACCACAGCAUACACUGGGAAUUUGGGGGGAAACCCAGACCAUUCCCCUAAUAUGAAGGGAAAAUGAAUUGAAUGUGAAUGUGGGCAUACUCCCCAGGAACCACUGGCCUGUGACCUCUAGACCUAAGGAGGCCUGUCCACACCAGGCAUUAAGCUGGCCUUGUUCACCCAGGGAUCAUAUUGGUGUCAGGGGCAGGCAUAGUGAAGCUUUGGGAACAAAGGUGAGAGUCAGGGUGGGAAGACAGGACUCACCCAAGCAGAUAGCAGGGCUCUGGGAAAUGUAUAAUUUAAGGACACCAAUAAUAAUAGUAUUUUUUUUUGUAAAGGAAAAUCAAUAUGUACAUUCUGAAAUCAUUUUCUCUGUAAAUGGUUGAAUUUCAUUUCACCCUUAAAGGGAUGCUUAAAGGAGAAGAUAAUAUUAAUAAUAAAACAGCUGCGAAGUCUGAA